AUGUCAAUUGACGACAUCACUCUCGAUAAUAUCAAUGCCACCAUCCUUAUAGGCAAUCUUUGUGGAUCUGAUGGUGAUUCAAGCGGCGAGGCGUUAUAUUUCGCUGGGUUAAACAUUCCCCGCCAAAUCCAGGACUGUGACCAAUUUCAGUUGCCCAUGUCUGAGUUGGACUUCCAUAACCUGGCUCCUGGACAGCCGGUUGGCAAAGAUUCACGGAUCACCCGGCCAGGUCUCUGGGGCUAUAUGGUAAUUUUGGCAAGAAUAUUCGGCCAGAUACAACAUCUGCAUCGGCGAAUAGCCGAUGGCACGUUGGACAAUUCUGCUUCUGAGUUUGAGACCUUCAUUCAAGGCCUACCCUCCGGACUUCAGCUCACUAAGGAAAACAUGGAAACACAUUCUACGCUUGGUGUCGGGCAAGCCUUUGUUGCCCUCCACCUAGGUUACCAUCACUAUGCUACUCUUUUGUACUUCCCGUAUCUCGGCUCUCAGAUGACUCAUAUCCUUGAUCAGAAACUCUUUGCCACACGAUGCAAGUACCACGCGGCAGCCUUCAGCGACCUCUUGAGAUCAUCUAAUGAAACGAAGGGGUGCCAAGCUGUAUACUUCAUUGUCGCUCAUAUGACAGUGACGUCAUCGUCGGCGCUGCUUCAUACGCUACUCUUUGGUCAAGAGGAUGAGUUAUUCAACACCAAAAAGAGGUUAUAUUACAACUUCCAGAUUUUACUACGGUUAAAAUCAUAUUGGAGAGGCGUAGGCAUGAUGGCCUGCAUGCUGUCAAUGGAUCGGAUUUAUACUAUGGACAAAUGGAUUGUGAAGUUCCUACUGCAGCACGCCUUGCCAAUAGAGGGGAAUCCUGGCCCACCGGCCACGUCUCAGCUGGCCGAGAGAGACAGGUUUGCCAACGAUGCGCUGUCAAUGCUUCGACCACAGGGGUCUUGA